UCCAGAUAAGUUCCCUAGUAUCGCUUUUCUCUGCUCGGGUUCCUGUGCUGUGAGAUAAAGCAGCAAAUGUUAGGGAGAGAGUAGAAGUGUGAAGCACAGCAACAGUGUCUCAUCUCUCUUUGGAGCCCUGUUCGCUCUCAGAAUGUAAAGGGGGGACUGACCACAGUGCUUCUUUGGAAUUUGAAAAGAAACUCCGGAGCUGUCUGACACAGACCAGGUGAAGCCUUUCCUUUGCAAGGAAAAUUCGGAAUCUGUUACAGGUGAAGAGACAAGUCUGAGAAGAGCUGUGAAGCAUGAGUGCAGAUGCAAGUCAGGAGGUAGUGACCACCCCUCCUCCACCCAGCAUGGCCCAGAAGGAGAGAUACUUCGACCGUAUCAAUGAGAACGACCCAGAGUACCUCCGUGCCAGAAACAUGUCACCAGACCUACGGCAAGAUUUCAAUAUGAUGGAACAGAAAAAAAGAGUCACUCAGAUUCUGCAGAGUCCGGCCUUCAAAGACGAGCUGGAGGGACUCAUCCAGGAGCAGCUGAGAAAAGGAAACAACCCCACAGGGCUCCUGGCUUUGCGGCAGAUAGCAGACUUCUUCAUGGCGAGCUCCAUCGCAGGCUUCUCCACGUCUCCCCUCAGCCUUGGGAUGGUCACGCCCAUCAAUGACCUACAAGCGGUAGAAUCCUCUUCAUUCGUGAAAGGGGAGAAACAGACCCGAUGUAAGCUGGCCAGCUUGUACAGGCUUGUCGACCUCUUCAGCUGGGCACACUUUGCCAGCUCCUACAUUACAGUUCGGGUCAGCAAAGAACAAGACCAUAUUCUUAUUAUUCCCAGGGGCUUGUCUUUUGCUGAAACCACAGCCUCAAACUUGGUGAAAGUGAACAUCAUCGGGGAGGUUGUAGACCAGGGCACCACCAACCUGAGCAUUGACCAUGCUGGCUUUAGUCCACAUGCAGCUAUCUACUCCAUGCGACCGGACGCCAGAUGUAUUAUUCACAUCCACACACCUGCAGCUGCUGCCGUCUCCUCUAUGAAAUGUGGAAUUCUCCCCAUCUCUCAAGAGGCCCUGAUUCUCGGAGAUAUUGCCUAUUACAAUUACCAGGGGUCUCUUGAUGAUCAGGAAGAAAGGAUUGAGCUCCAGAAAGCCCUUGGUCCUUCAACCAAGGUUCUAGUCCUGAGAAACCAUGGUGUUGUGGCUCUUGGGGAAACGAUAGAAGAGGCCUUUCAUUACAUUUACUGUGCCCAGCUGGCAUGCGAAAUCCAGGUAAAUGCGCUGUCAUGUGCAGGCGGAGUAGACAACCUGAUAGUGCUUGACCUGGAGAAGUACAAGCCCGUGACACAAGGGGUGGCGGUGGCCGGCGUGAACAUGGGUUCUCAGAUUAAAUGGAAAUUGGGUGAACUGGAGUUUGAGUCCCUCAUGAGGAUGUUGGACAAUCUUGGCUACAGGACGGGCUAUGCCUACAGGCACCCGAUUGUCAGAGAGAAACCCCGACACAAGAGUGAAGUGGAGAUCCCCGCCACGGUCACGGCAUUCAUGUUUGACGACGAUGACGCCAUGCUGCGCUCCCCUUUCAAAUACCUGGCCCAGCGACAGCAGCGCGAGAAGACCAGGUGGCUGAACUCGCCCAACACCUACAUGAAGGUGAACGUACCAGAGGCGUCGCAGAACGGAGAGAGCAGUCCCAGGACCAAGACGACGGUGAGUUGCUCACAUCGUUUCCUAUUGUGGUACACUUCUGCAGACCUAGUCAUGAGAAUUAUUAUGGGAAAUAUUGACACGGCUACCCUGAAUGUCCAGCUGUGCCGAUAUCCUGAGGGCAUUGCGAGCUCACCCCAGCUCAACAACUUGUUCUGCAGGGGUGUGUUACAUGAAGCACAGGGGUGUGUGUGGUUGCCAGACGACAGCCGCCACCAGACACUAUUCUUGCUAAUGCCAUCAGCCUCUCCACAGCCCUUCGUGAUCCCCGAUGAUGAGCAGAUGGAACCUCUCCCUCCCAAUCCCUUCAGCCAGCUGACGGAGAAGGAGCUGGAGGAGUACAAAAAAACCGUGGAGCGCCGGCAGCUGGGUAUUGAGGAUGCUGAGCAAGAGUUAACAUCUGACGAUGGUUCCACUCUGUCUCAGUCUCAGUCACAAACUCAGUCUCCGCAAAUCACUCCGGCUAAAGAAGAAAACCACAAGGGGCCCGGCCUAAGCCCCCAGGGCACGCCAGCUGUGAUCGUCAACGGGAAGGACGACCUGCACGAGGUGGAGGAGGACUUGGCCAAGAGGGUCAGCCAGCUGACCACCAGCACCAUGGAGAGCGUGGAGAUCACCAAGCCGGGAGAGAAGAUCGAAGAGGCCCUGUCCCCCGAGAGCUCGCCCUCCAAAUCCCCCAACAAGAAGAAGAAGAAGUUCCGCACGCCUUCCUUCCUCAAGAAAAACAAAAAGAAGGAGAAAGCGGAGGCCUAAGAAGAAGCGAAUCAAGUCCUUUCAUUUUGUUGGUUUGUUUUUUUAUUUGGAUUUUUUUUCUAACGAUUUAUUUUUUCUGGUUAAAAAAAAAUGACUGCACAAUUUAAAACACAGUGAAAAGAAAACUAGAAACUGAGGUAACAGAUCUCAAGGGUGCAAUGGGGGUCGGGGUGAAAUUUAAAGAUUGGAUUUCUAAUGUGAGCCAAACUGGAGUGGAAAUAAGUCCUGGAUAUCUGCCUCCUCCUAAUUCCAGUCUCUUUUGCCAAGGGCUGAUAUGAAAUAUGAUUUUUUUAUUGCUUCUGUAUUACUGUUAACAUUGGGUGGGUGAUACAAAAUACAAAGUGGCAGAGUUCUUCUGUUCUUCCUUGACUCCACCCAGUUCAGCAGUAGCUGUCAGUGUUACCCACCUUUGGUUAUGAAACAAAGGUCUUGUUUGUGUGUUGCCACUAUUUGGAAGACUUAGUAAUGUUUUCUGUCUGCUGGUUCCUGGAAGCAUGGAUAACCACACUAGAAAUUCCAUACAGGAUAAGUGACUGCCACACUGGAAACUAACAGAUCAUCAGUAAUUACAGGGUUUCUGAUACACAUAGAAGAUUAAUGGGUCUAUAUUUACAUGGGUCUGUACAGGUGGACCUUCUAUUUGCAUGCCUGUACUUUUUAUUUUCAGAGAAGUUUUUAAUUCUGCACUGACUCAGAAAUUGUUGGAAAAACCUGUGUAGUGUUUUAUUUGGAGCUUUUCUUCAAAGCACAUAUUUGUUCCAUUUAGUUUCCUUUUUUGUUUUUGCCAAAAGAAAAGAAGCUCACGUUUUAGUGAAUCAUAAUCUCGGAAAAGUCAUUAUUUUUCUCUUUUAGAUUUACUUGCAUUUACAUUUAAAAAAUGGAGAAAAGGAUCAUCUCACUGAAUAAACUUUUUUUUUAUUCAAUUCAAAUCUGGUAUUAAUCCAAUCGGUUUUAUACUUAUUUCUAUACAAACGUCAGCAUGUUUUGCAAGAAAUCGUAUUGAGCUGAAAACCUAGUAACGCCUGGGUUCUUAAAUUUAGCAUUGUUGCAGACAGUGUAGCUCAGAUUACUAAAAAAAGUAUAGAUUAUAUAUAAAAAAACUGGAUUUUGUGGUUAUAGAUAGAUUUUUUUAAUUAUAUAUUUUUAUUUUACUUCACUGCACUUUUCUAAUGGUAUAUAAUAAAUCAUACACACAGGUGUUCAGAAAUCUUACCAAAAUGAAGGAGAAUUAGAUUUAAAGUGAAAGACUGUGGUUGGGCGAGUUAGAGAACUGAUUCUGUAAGGUAUAUGCUUUAGGUUUUUGAAAGUCAGUUAUGUUGGACAGUGCUUUGUAAUUGUGAAAAAUAAUCCCACUUAAAGAUGGUUGUAAUAAAAACACAUCUCAGAAAAUGAAGAUUGGUUCUUAGCUUGGUCCCCAUGCAGUUCUCAACCUACCAUUCUAAAUUCCAGCCAGGCCUAACAAAGGUAGCAGCUGGUGAUCAUAUUUUAAAAUGAAAGAGUAUUACCAGAAUCAUUAAGUGAGAGGUAAAGAUUUGGGGAGGAACAGUUAAGCAUCAUUUUCCCCUUCAAAACCAGCUGUCAUUUUAGUGUUGAAAGCCUUGUUGGCAGCUAGAUGGGGCUUGUAUUGGAAGUUCUCAUUCAACCCAAUUUGAAUCGGACAAGAAAAUGUUUCCAUAUGUAAAACUAAAUAGGAGUGGACAUCUUUAAGUCCAUUUAGAUUAAGUCCUAGAGUCUGAAAUUGCAUGUAGACACUGGGAACAUAUUCCUUCAGCUGUAAAAGGUGACGAUUUGUGAGCGGCUUUUUAACUUCUCCCAUCUUGCCUCCCUGAUGCUGUAGAAAACCACAAGGAGCCUAGCCUGAGCCCCCAGGGCACGCUGGCUGUGAUCCAAAAGCCCCCCCACCCUCUCUCCCAGAAGCAGCUGUGUUGGAAGCCUUAUUUGCAGCUAUAAGUGUGAUUCCAUGGACUUGCUUGUCUCUGCAGACGUGGCGUGGGGCUCGUCUUGGAGUCCUCCCGGUACCACUUUUCAAUUCUCCCUUCCUUAUGCCAAGCUCCACUGCAAGUGAUUCCUGCCCUUCCGUUUCUUCUUUAUCCGUUACAUUUCAAGACUAGGCAGCUUUUUUUAUCCUUGGGAGCCGUUUCUGCACUGGCGGUGGUGAGGGAGAAUGAAAAAUCAUUGUCUUUGCAGGUCACCCACGCCAUACCUACAGUACCCCCAAAGCGCCCAGGCAUUAAGCAGUAAAACAACUGUGUGUUUUCAUGAGUUACUGAGAGGUUAUCUGCAUGCCCUCUUACAUCUUCAUCUCCAGGUAGUUUUAUUAUGAUGUUCCUCUGACUUCCUCAUCCCACCCCCCCCCCUCUACUCCAAUGUAAAUGUGUUGGUAGAUAACGUCAAGUGAAAUAAGCGUGCCCUGGGUUGUACAGUACUGUUUGCUUUUAAUUGUAAAGCAGCUUUUGUUUUUAAUUUUUUCAUGAUGAUUUGGAUCAUGUCUUCAAAAUAAAAUCCAAAAAGAGAACACAGAAUGGAUAGACAUCUGUCAAAUGAGAGAUGCUAAUAUCCCAGCUAGCAAUGUGAAUUAUUUCCUUUGGCAAGAGAGGAGAGGAACCUUUAAACUUUGUAUAUAGCAUGUGGCUUAGUGUUGGCCCAGGUUUGGAAAGAGCAAACAUGAAAGUUCGAGAAUGGGGUGCGCGUUUCUUGAGGAGAAAUAAACUAAUACUGGAAAAACACCCUUUGGUAACAUCUUGUUUUAACUUUACUGUCCAUGUGCUUACUUUUAUUUUUUUGUGCUCAAAUGUAAUUUUAACAUUUUCCAUAACUAUUUUACAGUAUAUUUUAUGAAAUAGUUUUCUGAGCAUUAUGCUUCUAAUAACCAUUCACAGGCAUACAUUGUUGCUGAAUGGAUGUGCAUUGCUUUUUUUUUUCCAGACUUGUGCACCUUGUUUUACUGAUGCCUCUUUUUUUGUUCUAUUUGUUUGAAUUUACUUUGGCACUUGAGAAUGAGCCAAGCCUUUCUGUGACCUGUGGAAGCUAUAUAAAUGGUUAUCUAAUGGAGUUGCAUUUUUUAGAUGUAUUGCUAUGUAAAUUCACAAAAUAAAACAGUAUUUUAAGGAACAAUUGCCAUUUUUAACUCUGUAAACAUGGGGACAUGGUCUUGAAUGAAAGGAGAACUCAACUACAAUGGUACUUAUGCAAAUAAAUAUUCUGUUGCAUUUUGGCUAUUUCAUUCAUAGAUGUGGUAACACAACGUUCUGUGGUGUCCCUUGCAUACAACAGAAACUUUGCCCUAAUCCUGAGGGGUGUGUGGCGUUAACAGACAGUGUAAGAAUACUCCAAUUGGGUGUACUGCAAAACAUUUGCUCAGUCUGAAAUCUAACACUUCAGUCACCCCAUACCAGAAAAUCAGGACUUCUAAUCUAGUGGUUAUUUUACACCAUAGAAAAGAAAUGUCUAAAAAGAAAAGCAUGCUUUUAAAAAUUGUUCAAUUCGUCCAAAAAUCCUUCAAGUGCAUGGUCUGACGAUUCUAUGCAACAUGUACAACACAGUACAUGACAAGCAAUAUGUUUUAGAACGCAUUAAAAUAAAAGUGGUAUUAUAGGGCUAGUCAUGCCUCAUACAAGUCAAGAUCAAGCUAUUAUGAUAGUCAUGGAAGCUUAAUUCUUGUUUCUAUAUUGAUGACAAUUAGACAUAGAUGCCAUUAGACAUUUCAUUCGACCAUAGUUGUGUAGUUAACGCAUCGUAAGGUUUCCCAUUUUCAGAUAUCAAUAGUGGUAAAAAAUCCAGCCUUUAAAAGCCAGUUUGUCCUAUACAGAUGCAUUUGCUUGUGAUAGUGCAUCAUGGGAGUAACACAUUUCAAUUCACCUCAUAGAUGAACUUGUACCUCCAAAGUCUGUUCACAAGUAAGCCAGGCACAUAGAUAGUGAAACCUUGACAGAAAUAUAUAUGAAAAAGCUGUUUUCCAAAGAAAAUCCACAUUGGGAGCAGGUGUGACUAGGAGAAUUUACUCUUAAUAUUGCCAUUUUUUGCAGUUAAUUAAAAGUUAAGUGUUAUGAAGGAACAACAAGAGUGUGCCAUUGUGCCUUGACACAGUUAUUCCCCUGAUGCACUAUAUGAAAUAUGCAAUAGAUGCAUCGGUUUGUAUGGAAAUUUAGAACUAAAAAAAAUGAAUUGCCUUUCAAAAAUACAUCUAAUUUGUUGAGUUCUCUUUUUUCCCAAAAGUUUUUUUUUCCUUGAAGUUGUACUUUGUGUCAAAUAGAACGCUGACUGUGCAGUGCUGAUAGUUUAAAUCCUUCUCUAACCUUUAUCCUCUUUUAACAAAAGCUUCUUUUGCUUUCUGAAAAAUAUAUUUUUAAAUAAAAUGUUCCUGUAAAGCAACUUAACUGCAUUUGGUACCUGCACAUGAAGGAAUGUAAAACAAAGGUGGCACUCUGUAUAGCUUCUUUGCUUUAAAAAUUAAAUGCAUCUAAACGCAAAGGGUCGUGGGUCCUUUUGUAUUUCAGCUUUUGCAUCACCUCAGCAGGCUAUGUAUUAAAAUACAAAUAAAGCUUCAAUCUUCA